AUGCAGCCGUUCACCUUGGUCAGUGCUCUUCUUCUCCUGAUCUACAUCUCCUCUGGUAGCGCAGAGGCCCAUAGGCACUACCGACAAGUCCUCACUGGAAACCAACCAGGUGUGUGUCGCUAUGGCAGGAGACUGGAGUGUUGCUAUGGCUGGAAGAAAAACAGUAAAGGACAGUGUGAGGCUCAAUGUCAGCACGGCUGCAAGCAUGGGGAGUGUGUUGGCCCCAACAAAUGCAAGUGUUUCCCAGGAUACACUGGAAAGACAUGUAAUCAAGAUUUAAAUGAGUGUGGCUUGAAACCUCGUCCCUGUGAGCAUCGCUGCAUGAACACUUAUGGCAGUUAUAAGUGCUACUGUCUCAAUGGAUACACCUUAAUGCCUGAUGGAUCUUGUGCCAACUCUAGGACGUGCUCUCUUGCUCACUGUCAGUAUGGCUGUGAGGAAGUUCAGGGGGAGAUUCACUGCCUCUGCCCAUCUGCAGGGCUGCAACUGGGGCAAGAUCAGAGGACUUGUGUAGAUAUCGAUGAAUGUGUUACUGGGAAAAACCUCUGCCCAAACAACAGACAAUGUGUGAACACCUUCGGCAGCUACUACUGCAAGUGCCAGGAUGGCUACGAUCUGAAAUAUGUUGACGGCAAAUAUGACUGUGUAGACCUUGAUGAGUGUGCAGCCGGCACCCACAAGUGCAGCCACCAUGCUGUCUGUCUGAACACUCAAGGAUCCUACAAAUGCAGGUGCAAGUCUGGCUUCAGAGGCAAUGGCUUUGAAUGCUCUGUCAAGCCGUUUUAUCAGAGGUCGUGGGAUGGAGACAAAGGCAGUGCAGAUGAUUUCCUCAAUGCUAUCCCAGACUCCCAAGUGAGGCCUGGGAUUCCGGGAGGUAAACUGGACAGCGAGGACAUCAAAAACAUUAUCCCUGAACCAGUCGCAACGCCACCCCCUGAAAUACGCCAGCAGCCUUUUGACUACGAUGGAGAGGUCUACGUUGGCACCCAGAGAGAGGAGAGACAAGAGGAUGAGUUUCCUGAGGAAGAUGAGGAGGAGGAAGAGGAAGACAACCAGCUCAAUCCAAGAGGAGAUGUUUUCAUAUCAGAGGACUUCGAAUCAGUGUUUGGCCCAGCCAGAGAGGUCAAACAAAUCCAAAUAGCACCAGUUCAGGAGGAGUUUAUCAUGGAUUGCAACUUUGACCAGGGAGCAUGUGAGUGGGUCCAAGACAAAGCUGAUGACAUGGACUGGAGUGUAGCCUACCAUGAUAAUGGUGCUGAGUACUACAUGGCAGUGAGUGGGCUCCUAGGGGAGCAGGACGACGUGGCCAAGCUGAAGUUGCUUCUCAAUGACCGGGCUCAGCAGGGCAGCUUCUGCCUCACCUUUGACUACCGUGUGGUAGGACAUAACGUGGGCGCCCUCAGGGUGCUGCUGGAUAACAACGCUUACCCAGUUUGGGAGCAGACUAACAGCAGAGACCAGGGCUGGCAGACAGAGCUCCUCACUGUGGCCUGGAAAGAGGAGGCCCCAGAAUCUAUUGUCUUCGAAGCUCAGCGUGGGACAGGUGUUGGAGGAGAGAUAGGGCUGGACAAUGUUGUGCUGACCUCAGGGCCCUGUCAAGAGGAUGUCGGUCCAAUCUUUUAG